AUGUUCGCAACUUCUCGAGGGCAUCCAACAACGCUGGGGCAGCCCAUACCCGCGCUGACCGAUCAUGCGGUGUCCGUCAGUCUGCCAACCUGGCGAGACAACGUAGGCUAUGAGGAGGGCGAGGCAAGGGUGGUAGAUGCUAUGCAGACUGGCUAUCCUCGCUUCUUCGUGCACAAAUCGAUUCAGCGUCUGGCAAAACUUCUUCUGCAAGCAGCUCCAUCGCGACAAGAUGACUCGUCGUCCAAUUCUGAAUCAUCAGAGGAGAUAGCCUGGCUCUUCCCCUCAUUCAGGAUUGCACAGGACUGUCAGACCUUCCUCGCAAAUCGAAGGCCCAGGUUGCCGUCUCGCUACUCUGCAUUUCGCUGUCCUAAUGCGGAUAAUGAGCAAGAGCUUGUCAUCCAUGCCGUCAUUCUUGCGGUGGAGCCGACCAAUGCAGGCAAGCAGUACUGGCAACAUUCGGGCAACGGCAUCUCCUCCCGGCGAGCAGAGCGAGCGCUCGCACUCAUCGCAGGCUCAGCAGCCUAUGCGACUAAUGGCCAUGCCCCACCACCCGCCCGACCAGUCAGGGCGGCGAGUGGUCGCGGCUUUGCGCGCAAUCGUCACUACGCCAAGAAAGGCUCGAUCUCCUCUUCUGCCGACUUACUCGCCAGUCCAAAGGCGGACGAUAUGACGAGCUCCAUCGACUCACUCGCAAGUAAUGGCAGCAGCAGCUCACGAGAGGCGCAGUUGACGGGCUCCAAGGAUGGUCAGCAGGAUGAGACGGAUCUGACAGCGUACCUUGAGGAGCGAUAUGGCAGGAAUCUCUCUGCCCAAUUUGCGCCUCUGGCCAAGCUUGCUCUCCGGCGGCGUAUUGCAGGCUGCAUGCGCGACGACGCCACAGACCUUGCCUCACUCCAUCAAAGCGAUGCGACCGUCAAUGAGGAUGACAGGCAUUUGCUUGCCUCCCUGGGAGCAACCAACGAAGCUUGUGCGCCUGGCCAAGUGAGCGAUCGCGGCGUCAAGGGUCUGACGCCAGAUGAUGUCUAUCUCUAUCCCUGCGGCAUGGCAGCCAUCUACAACGCCUUUCAGCUUGCAUGCCGUACACGUACUUCGCGUCAGCUGCCGCUCGGAAAGAGCAUCAGCUUCGGCUUCCCGUACGUGGACACGCUGAAGAUACUGGAAAAGUGGGGACCAGGCUGCCAUUUCUUCGGACACGGUCUAGAAGGAUGCGUUGACGAGCUCGAGCAGCUUCUCGCUACGAACCGACGCGACAAGCCCCAGGAGCCUGGUAUCCUUGCCCUUUUCUGCGAGUUCCCGUCGAAUCCCCUGCUACGAUCCCCCAAUCUUGUCAGGCUCAGACGACUCGCAGAUGAAUACGGAUUCAUGCUCGUCGUCGACGAGACGAUCGGCAAUUUUGUCAAUGUUGAGAUCUUGCCAUUGGCCGACAUAGUCGUCAGUAGCAUGACGAAAGUCUUCAGUGGCGAUAGCAACGUUAUGGGCGGUUGCAUGACGUUGAAUCCGCUCGGCAAACACUAUGAUCUGCUCAAAAAGCUUCAGGAGGAAUCGUUCGAGGACAAUUACUUCGCGGAAGAUGCCGUGUUCAUGGAGAGAAACUCGCGAGACUUCCGAAGGCGGAUCGGACGGAUCAAUGACAAUGCCGAAGCCUUAUGCGACAUGCUACAGACUCGGGUGCACGAUUCGUCAAAGCAGCAAUUACCCCCACCCGUGCUCAAAAAGGUAUACUAUCCAAAGUAUAUCACUCCCGACAAUUUUUUGGCUUGCCGACGUCCGAUACCUUCUGGCCACAUCAACGGUGACCUCGCAGAGAGGCCAGGGUUUGGAGGCUUGUUCAGCAUGACAUUCACGUCAAUGCUUGCCUCUCAAGUUUUCUUUGAUGCGCUGCCAUGCUACAAAGGUCCCUCACUUGGUACCAACUUCACGCUCGCAUCGCCCUAUGUCAUGCUGGCUCACUACGGAGAGCUAGACUGGGCGCUCUCUUACGGCGCCGAUAGCGGUCUGGUCAGGGUCAGCGUCGGAUUGGAAGAUCUAGACAUGCUGCUCGAGUACUUUGGCGAGGCUCUUGAUCGCGCAGAAGCCCAGGUGUAUGCCAAGAGCAACAGCAAUGCAUGA